AGGCCUGAUAAAAAAGCUGUAACUCCUCUGCCAAAGAUAAAGACCACCCCAUUUCUCCUCAUUCUGUCCCCCCCUUCUUGUUUUCUCUCAUCCCUCCUUUUCUCCCUUUGUCUCUCUGUAUAUAUAACUCCAACCCACGUCAACUAAAGCUUGUCAAGACACUCUUCAUUUUCAGCUAGUGAGAUAAACAAACACUAGUGUGUGAGAGAGAAAGAGAGAGAUAAACAUGUCAAGCUCUAGAGAUGAUGGGUUAGGUUUGAGCUUGAGCCUGAGAUGCCCGGAGAAUCAUCACAGUCAUGAUUCUCCUCCUCCUCCGCCGCCCCCCGCCGCCGCCCCUUUUCCGUUGAAUCUGUUUAGGUCUCCUUUGCCCUUUAUGCAGCCGCACAAACCCUCACCACCAGAUGCUUUUCACCAUUCUACUGAUGGGAAUACGGAGGCGAGGUCCAUAUUCCGAGGAAUCGAUGUGAACCGAGCAAUUACAGUGAUCGACUGCGACGAGGAGGUGAUGGUCUCCUCCCCCAACAGCACGGUGUCGAGCCUCAGCGGGAAGAGGAGCGAGAGAGAGGAGAACGACGGCGAGAGAGCCACCAGCUCCCUCGAGAUCGACGACGACGGCGGCGAUGCCGCCGGCCGGAAAAAGCUCCGCCUCUCGAAGGAGCAGGCCGCCGUCCUCGAAGAGACCUUCAUGGAACACAACACUCUCAAUCCGAAGCAGAAAACGGCUCUGGCGAAGCAGCUGAAUCUGAGGCCGAGGCAGGUGGAGGUGUGGUUCCAGAACAGAAGGGCGAGGACGAAGCUCAAGCAAACGGAGGUGGACUGUGAGUAUCUGCGGCGGUGCUGCGAGAAUCUGACGGAGGAGAACAGGCGGCUGCAGAAGGAGGUGAGUGAGCUGAGGGCGUUGAAGCUCUCCCCUCAAUUCUACAUGAACAUGAGCCCUCCCACCACCCUCACCAUGUGCCCCCAGUGCGAGCGCGUCGCCGUCUCCUCCUCCUCCGCCGCCCACCACCACCACCAGAGGCCGCCGCCGAGAUAAAUUUGUCAAGAAAAUAGGAUUAUGAAUGAUGUUAGAAAUUUGACAUAUGGAGUUAGAAAAAGUUGACUAGUGUAUGCACCAACUCAACAUGAAUCAUUGGCUCAAUUUUUGUCUAAUGAUGAAAUGUGCUUUUGGGAUAUAUCCAAUUUUUAGUUUCUUCUUUUAAUUUUGAAGAGAACACCACAACUAUGUCAAUGAAUAAGCAAAAGUGUUCUUCAA